ACUGUGAAUUUGUUUAUAAAUUUACUGUAUUAUUGCUUUAUUAUUUAUUUUACUCUUAUUAAAGAUAUUGAAAUAUUAAAACUUCAGUCUGUUUACAGGAUAUUUGGUGGUGUAAAGUCGGAUAAUUAUUGGAUUAAAAAAUACGCAAAUACGUACAUCGAACUUGUAACAAAGACGUACAAGGAUAUCGUGAUUGGUCAACUAUAUGGGCACACGCACUUUGACGAUAUGAGACUACAACUGCUCAACGAUAAAGUUGAUGACGUCAUGGAUAGUGAAUCUUCAUUCCUCCUCACUGCACCAGGCAUUACACCAGUGAUGUUCAAUAACCCAGGCUUUCGUAUAUUUUCUUUUGACACCAACAAACGAAUGUUGGCUGACUAUCAUCAAUACUACAUGGAUCUCGUUUUGACAACUCAGACGAAAAUUCCAACAUGGCUGUUUGAUUACUCGUUCAGCGAUAAAUACAUGAGUCAUUUACCGGAAGGCAAGAGUUUUAUAAAUGGCAAGCUGAUUUCUGACAUAGUGGAGAGCUUCGUAAAUCGAACUAACGAAAACAGGCAUUGGCAGAAUUACAUUCAACAUCGCCAAGUCAAUUACCAACCUGAUCCAUACUCGAGAUACGUGUUAUAUUGUUCAGCCAAGCACGUGACCAAGACUGUAUUCGAUGAAUGUGUGAAGAAACAUCCUGUUACUGGCGGAUAAAGUCAUCUACAUAAAAUAACGUUGUCAUGUACGGUGCCUGCCAAAAAUACUUGGAACACCCAGCAGUUUGCGUUUUAUUUUAUAUCUUUCAUUUCUUUCCAAAAAGUCACUACUUCCAAUAAUCUUCUUCCCAGAAUGUUGUAGUUUUAAAAAAAUAUCAAACAAGUAGCGCAAAAGGAGAUAUGUACUCUCAAAUCUUUUACGCUGUUUUUAGUCAACCAACGUUAUUCCCAGAGAGAGAGGGAAAUGGCUUAACUUGAUCUUGAAAACUGAUGUCGGACUUUUGGCAGGCAUUGUACAUACACAGAGGUUAACAAAACAUUCACACCAGUCAUAUAUGGCCUACAUGGACAAAGAAACCAUUGCACAGUGAGGCACCAGAAAGCACACACCAUUAUAAAUGAUCUAAGAUACGCACCACUAAAUCAACGUGUAAACAUUGACUUUUAACUAAACUUCAUUUCUAUAUUGAUGUUUAUCGCAGAGUUUCUAUGUGUACAAUAAUAUCAAGUCGAUUAUUUUCUAUGCAACUUCGCAAAACAUUCAUUCACCUUUUCAUGUUUAUUUGAAAUUUAAGGACUUUUUUUUAUAAUGGCUUAACUAUUAUUGCUAGCUAGCAUUAAAGGAUUUAUUAAAAUAUCAUUUUGGAGGAUUC